AUGCGGAACCUCAACAAGGCCCUCGCAGCGGCUGGCCUUGGCGGCAUCAAGGUGUCCACCGCGGUGAGGUUCAACGUGCUCACCAACUCCUUCCCGCCCUCCGCCGCCGUGUUCGCUCAGCCCUACAUGGUCGACAUCGCCCGGCACCUGGCCAGCACCAGGGCACAGCUACUCGCCAACGUGUACCCGUACUUUGCCUACAGCAACAACCCGAGGGACAUCAAGCUCGACUACGCGACGUUCCAGCCGGGCGCCACACCGGUGAGGGACGCCGACAGCGGGCUCGUCUACAAGAACCUCUUCAGCGCCAUGGUCGAUGCCAUGUACGCGGCGCUGAAGAAGGCGGGGGCGCCGAGCGUGAGGGUGGUAGUGUCGGAGAGCGGGUGGCCAUCCGCCGGCGGGCUCGCGGCGACACCGGAGAAUGCGCGGGCGUACAACCAGGGCCUCAUCAACCAUGUGGCACACGGCACGCCCAAGAAGCCUGGGCCCAUGGAGGCGUACGUGUUCGCCAUGUUCAAGGAGAACCAGAAGCCCGGGGUUGAGACUGAGAGGCACUUUGGGCUCUUCUAUCCCAACAAAACGCGGGUGUACCCCAUCAAUUUCAGAGGAAGAUUGGUUGCGGCCAACCACACAAACUCCCAUGGGCUUGGUGGACACUAG